AUCAACACCACAAUUCAACUUCGAUUUCUAUGAUAGCCGAGAUUGCGGCACCGUCCCUUGCCACGACAACCCCGCGAUAAAAACAAAAGACACUUGGCAAGGCACUUUGAAUACGCAACAAUGGGAUUGAACAAAGACGCGAGCCACACGUACGUGCACAUGCAUCGCGCCCGCGACGCCGACCUGUUUGAGGACUUUUGCAAGGAGAAACUGCCCGACGACGAGGUGUACGUGCCGCCGCAGCACCAACCCAUCAACCCCGAGGACGAGGACGACGUCGUGCCGGACCAACACGCGGCCUUUGGCAUCACCAAGGCGACGCAGAGGCAGCGCGAAGCGGCGUGGAAGGACCUCGGGCUGGGGGGCCUGAUGAACCGUGGCCCCCCGCCGCCGGGCGGGUGGGCGCAGGACAAGGGAGCAGCAGGCGGUGCCGGUGUCGCUGGCGCGAAGAGGCUGCCGCGGUAAGAGGGGGAACGAUGGCCCCCCCGGGCGAUGCGCCGGUCGGAGAACGGUUAUUGGCGUUAUGGUGGAUACCCGGGAAAUUUUCAUUUGGACAACAAAACAGCGUGGUGGCGUCGAGACGGGCCUGAUGGGCUAGGAAGGGAGACUUGUCAUAAGCCGGGGGGCAGGUCUGCCUAUCUGCGGAGCUGAGAAGCCCGCUGGCGAGUAACACGCGUGAACUACACCAUGGACACAUAUCGCUAUCGAGGACAACGCUUUUCUUGUUUUUUUUUUGUCCGGCCUUUUAUUUUUCUAGCCGUCUUU